GAAUACUGAUGCUUGGGGUUAUAAAAUCAUGUAUAAUUAUAUACGAUUACAAUAUUCACCUUCAUCUUUGUUCCUAAUCCAACCGCGUGCCUUCCUAACACCACCCUAUUUUUUAUGAAAUAAAUUGUUGUUGAAAGCAUAAAAAAAUACAAGUAUCCCAACAAACAAAAUUUAGAAAAAUAAAAAAUUCUUGCAGGAAGCAACGAAACUGAUUGCUUUGAAGUCAUUAUUUUUUCGGAAACAAGAAAAUAAAUCAAGCGAUUCUAUAAUUGUUUCACCAAAUAAACAAUAAUAGCUAGCCAAUGGCAAGCAUGUAUCUUGGUUCGACCUGAAUCAUUAAGACUAUCGGAUAUCAAAGUUGGAUUGAGCUAUCAACGACAACAACACUUCUUAAUAUUUCUCAUUCCUUAGCGUGGUUAGACAAAAUAAUUUUAAAUGAAAUUUAUGCAUGCAAUUAACAUUUUGUGAAAACAAGUCUGAACACGUUUUUAUACGCAUUUAGUGUGAGUUUAGCGGUCAAUUUCGAAACAGAAAGAAUAGACAUAUAUAUACAUAAUAUCUACUCUAUUCAAGAUUUAAAGAAUAACAAUUUGAUGUUUGUUAUUUUCAAAUAUAUUUUAAUAAAGCAUUCACUGUCUCAGUUUGGCGGGGGGUCACGUUCCAUUGCAUAUUUAUGCUGUUUCGCAAGUCACAAUUAUAUUUAUUUUUAUUCUAAUCAGGUCCUUUAUCUUAGAUUGAAGUCAAAUUUAAGCACUUUAUAAACUGAAGUGCGUUGCUGUAUAUAUGUUGAUUGAGUAAAAAGUUUCGAGCGUUGCCAAGUUGAAGACAGUUGACAAGAUAUCGCGUUCACGAAUUUGUCACAAAAUGUUGGGUUUGGUUGUAUGCCUGGCGAUGUUUACCAGCUCUUCCGCAGAAUUUUUGAUGUUUGCUGACGCUGGCGCAGGCAAAAUCUACCAAAUUUCACUGGACAGCGUUGAUGUAAAACCAACUGCACUUCCAUUUGAUGAAAACACCAAAAUUACCCGCCCCGUGGCGUUGGAAUAUGACUGGGUUGAAGAUCGUGUGUACUGGACGGAUGCCACCCUUAGAAUCAUCUGUAGAGCAUUCAGAAAUGGAACAGGAUUCGAGGUGUUGUUCAAUGAUAUUGGUGCGGCAGAUGGUCUGACCAUAGAUCCUGCUGGUCGCCAGUUAUAUUGGACCAGCACAACCAACAAUACUGUUGAAACUUCUAAGCUGGAUGGGUCGUUUAGGAGGACUUUAGUCCGGUGGAAUUUAGAUAGACCACGGGAUAUUAUUGUGGAUCCAAUUGAUGGUUAUAUGUACUGGACUGAUUGGGGAAAGUUUCCAAGAAUCGAACGUGCCUACAUGAACGGAGAAAACAGAAUGGAUCUGGUAAACACUACUCUUCGUUGGCCAAAUGGUCUCACCAUUGAUCAUGUUUAUAAUAAGUUGUAUUGGGUCGAUGCUUAUGAAGAAAAUAUUGAAGCAAUGGACCUCGCCACGCUCGAAAGAAAGGUUGUGUUGAACAAGAGAAACUUAGUGGAUGGUAAAUUGAGACCACUCAAAACCGAAGUGAACCAUCCCUAUGGCUUGACAUCGUUAUACGAUCAUCUGUACUGGACAGACUGGAAUACUGACUCGGUAUAUCGUGGUGACGUAAAUACUGCGGCAAACAUAGUAACAAUGGCUAGUAACUUGAGCAAACCAAUGGAUAUACAUGCAUAUAGUUCCAUACCAAAACAACAAAAACGACUACACUACACAUUUUCGUUCCCACAACAUGGCAGCAAAUUUAUAUGCAUCUCAUCUCGAUCAUGUCCUGUUAUCAAUGCACCUCCAUCAUGUCCGCCAGGAUACUCACAUGUGCGAGAGAACUUAAAAUGUGGGUUGAAUUGUCGAGAUAUCGUGGGUUACACGUGGCGAUGCCCGUGCAAUGACUGGAUGUCGUGUGCUGUAAAAGAAAGAUACUUGUCGGGCUGUCCUUAUGGUUAUUACAGCAGUUUCAGGGUUCGAGAGUGUGUCCAAGAUGUAAAAGCUGGACGCUGUCCUUAUGGUGGAGGCAACGGGAAGUCGUGUGUCAGUGACUCAGAUUGCUCGAAUAAUGAUAAAUGUUGUGACUCGAAGUGUGCAACACCAGCAACAAUAGCCGCUCAUCCAUGCCAGACAAACAACGGUGGUUGUGACCAGCUGUGUUUCGGGAUUCCUGGUGGACACAAAUGUGGUUGUAGAAAUGGUUAUUACUAUAAUGAAACUCAAUCUAAGUGUAUUUCCUCCACAAGACCUCCAAUAAAACCACCGACUCCUCCUCCUAGACCUUGUAAGCCACAUCCAGCACCAGGAAAUGGCUCAGUGAUUUGUGAAACUGUAAAUGGACAAGUUCCUGAAUAUAAAGAGUGUAAUUUCUCGUGUGAUCCAGGAUAUGAUUUGGUUGGUCUGAGAUGGAAUAAAUGCAUUAGUGGUAAAUGGAUUGAUAAAACACCGAAAUGUGAACUCGGAACUAAGCCCCCAAAUUGUCCAAAUGACACAACGUUUCCAACAAAGCAAGGAAAAGAUUAUGCAACUGUUAAUUGGAAAGUUCCCACGGCAACAGACAAAGAUGGGACAAGUCUCCCUGUUAAAAUCUAUCCAAGUUACUACACCCCUCCGGCAAAACUCAGUAUUGGGAGGCAUUCGAUUCGCGUCAGUGCGACAGACAAAGAUGGACACGUUCUUGGUUGCUCCUUCUUUAUAACAGUUGAAGAUCGUGAACCCCCGUCAUUUGGUUCAACCUGUCCGUCCGACAUUGAACUAUACACAGAUCAUGACGACAGUAUCCACCUGCCUUCCUCCUUCAAAAAACCAAAAGCUACAGAUAAUGUCAAACCACCUUCUGUUCACAGAUCAGGCUUUCCCUCUGACUCCUUCUUUCCUAUUGGCACAACAGUGGUCAAAUAUACUGCAACAGACGAUGCUGGAUUAACUGCAACGUGUACUUUUAGUGUCAUUGUUGUUAACGUGUGUAGUGGUGUCACGUGUACUUACGGCGCAAAAUGUCUUUUGGACCAAACAACAAAAUCCUCACAUCUGUGUGCCUGCAGUACUUCCUGCCCGCAGUAUUAUGACCCUGUUUGCGGGUCGGACGGUCAGGACUACAACAAUGAAUGUCUUCUAAAUGUCACCGUUUGCACGUUACGUAGAACAAUCACGGUCGUGAAAAAAGGAAAGUGUGAGAAAGUCAGUAUAGGCUGUGAUGACCUCAAUUCAAAUGCAAAAUCUUUCACCAGCUCGAGCACAAUGCAAUGUCAAGACAAGGAUAAUUCCGUGCAGUGUGAAAUCAAAUGUAAAAGUGGAUAUAAUGCAGUUUUCAACGAUUUCUUGAAGUUACAAUGUUAUGAGAAGCAGUGGAUAAGAGGAAACAACGCUGGGACAUAUGUCGUACUUGCGGACGUGAAUAGUCCUCCGACAUGCUACAAACCGACGCCAAAACAAUCCGAUUCUCCGUAUUGUCCUUCUGGUUCGGCGAUAUACAAAGAUGUCUGCGUGGAAUGUCCACGAGGCAGUUAUCUCGAUCAAAGCAAAACAAAGUGUGAACCAUGUCCAGUGACUGAGUAUCAAGAUUCAGCAGGACAAACUUCUUGCAAGAAAUGUGAAUCCCCCAAGACGUCAACUACAACAGGAGCUGAGAAUUGUUUCUUUGAUUAUAGAAAUUCUGUUGUUACGAUGAAGUUUGAUGUGAAAAUAUCAGAAGUUUCGAAAGAUAAGAUUCGCAGUAUUAUCUCUAAAGCCCUGACAAAGGUUUGCAACAGUAGCAAAACUGUAUCAUCAUCAACAUGCUCUUACGAAAAAACGACGAAAAGACGAAAAAAACGUGAGAGUGAAGCGUACGAAUUUAAAGCUGAACAUGUUAUUAUUGUGAAUAUGAAAGAAAAAGACCAGAAAACAGAAGUCGAAUUUUUACUUCUUGAUCCAAAACCAGGAUCACAUCUACCUGAAGCUUUCACGACCCAAAAUCUCAAAACUUUGACAAAAGAAAUACCGGGAAAAGAUCUCGUAUAUCCAGUCAGUGAUAAUAUAAAGGCCUCUACUCAAGAGAAGACCUCAAAAACCCCAAUAAUCGCCGGUUCUAUUACUGCUGUUAUUCUACUACUUGUAUUUUCUAUGUGGAUGUAUAGACGUCACAAGAGUAGAAAAAGCCCCAUUCCUCCGGGACAGUCUCGCGAAGGAAGAACGCCGACCAGUCAGCCGAAAAAUAUCUAUGACCCAUACCACAUCUAUGAAAACCCUGAUGAUCUUCAACUCGGCUCUGUUAAACCAGAGAAGAAUUCGUCAGGAGUUUAUGCUAGAAAUCAAAUCAUAUCUUCACCAUUCUACGAAAGUUCUCCAGUACACCAGCCCACCAGCGAGAAUGCGUCUUCUCAUGCCUACGAACUCCCGGUUACUGACCUGGAUGGUGGAUUGUACGUGUCCAAAGGUGCAGUGGUUAAUCUGAACACCCGAAAGCAAACUGGGAUCACAAACGAAAAAUCCUCCAGGACGGCAAAAACCUCGACUCGAAGGUCACGACCUAAUUUCUACGAUAUUCCUACAAUAAACUCAUCACAACGCAUCCCUCAUCCCCAGUAUCAUUUGAGUUCACAGCCUUCUUCAACAUCAGAUUACGUUAUUGCAAAUCCAGCACCGUUCUUCAUCACACCAAACGCCCCUCGGAGGUCGAGUGGGAAUGUUGUCGUGACCGCUGGCCACCAAGGACGCUCUGUGUACCAAAAGGUUGGUGACGCCACGAGAGGACAAACUGAAACCUAGGAAGGUCAUAUGACGCAUUCCAGCGAUCUGGUUGGAUAUUUAACGUUGAUAUACAAUAUACAAUGUGCAUAUAUAAAAUGCUAGCACAUGAAAUAAUUAUUAUAUCGUACAAUUAGCGCCUUGUAUUUCAACCUUAAAAAAGACAUUUUUUAAGAAAUAUACCGGAGCAGAAACAAUGUACUCUGCCUCUAGAAACGUUGUUUCUAUGAUAUGUAAAAAUCAAUAUAUGCAGUGCACCAGGUCCUCCUAGUAUAAGCGAUCUAUAGCUACGACUCUGAACACCCUCAUAUUCGUUUAACUGCAUUACGACCAUGAACAAAAGUGCAACUUUAGAAAAGAGUUUUGCUGCAUCUCUUGCCAGUUUCCAUUGUAAAAAUGGUUCCUGACAUAAUCGUUUUAUUAUUAACUUUGCCAGGUUAAUAUUUUCUGAAUUAUUAUCAUGUUCAAUUUGCUCAUCAUUUAUAGUCAUUUUUGUAAAACAUUAAAAUUAACGAAGGUAGAUUAAAUUCUCGUUGUCGUUGUUGCAAUCAAAUCUAGUGUAACAUCAGGCUUUUUACGUUUGACAUCAUUGUGAUAAAGGGAUCCGUUUGGGAAAGCGAUAACUUUACCCAACCUCUAUCACCAAGUCUUAACCCUUCGCGCGCAAUUCAUAAUUUCUAUACAAAAUUUGGACUUUGUACGGCGUUAUUUUUUCACUUGUUUUUUUAUGAUUUCGCAACCGAACUUUCCAACCCUACUAAUCUAGCUGUACUGAUUAAUUUCAGUUUUAAAUUUAGUUUACAGGAGGAAUGGUCUAUUGCGACGCCGAUGAUUAUGAAGCUCCUGGCGAGGCACACAAGAGUCGUGUGAUAUCAAAUUAUGCUGCCAGAUUGC